AAAAGAAAAUCUUCAAAAGGUGACAGAUGCUACUUAUCUUUUCUCUACUCUUAAUUGGCUUCGUUGGAUGUUUACCUCGGCUGUCAUUUAUUCCCCAGGAUAGUUUUCGUGCACCACUAAUUUUGCAUUCAUUUUCUGAGUUUCUGAACUUAUAUUGUGUUAAACUCCCAACGAGAGCCACCGUCUUAACGUUUCAACUGCUCUCCUUUCGUCUGCAGCAACUGGUUUCGGCAGUUCGUGCUGGAGUGAAUCCAUCGUCAAAUUUGUCCAAUCAGACGAGCCUGUGGGACCUCAGUUCCUCCUUCUUCUUUGCCGGGACUGUUAUCACCACAAUCGGAUUUGGGAACAUCUCUCCCCACACAGAAGGAGGACGGAUCUUCUGCAUCCUCUACGCUCUGCUGGGCAUUCCCCUGUUUGGGUUCUUGUUGGCCGGUGUCGGCGACCAGUUGGGAACUAUUUUUGGCAAGGGCAUCGCCAAAGUCGAGAAGAUGAUUGUGAAGUGGAAAGUCAGCCAGACAAAGAUCCGCGUCAUCUCCACCCUGCUCUUCAUCUUGUUCGGGUGCCUCAUCUUCGUGGCCCUGCCAGCUGUCAUUUUCAAACAUAUCGAAGGCUGGAGCACGCUCGAGUCCAUCUACUUUGUCGUCAUCACCCUCACCACCAUUGGCUUCGGAGACUUCGUGGCCGGAGAAAAAGGUCAUCUGACCGAGGGUGGUUCAGAGAAUCUCGAGUACCUCGACUACUACAAGCCGGUGGUGUGGUUCUGGAUCCUGGUGGGCUUGGCGUACUUUGCAGCAGUGCUCAGCAUGAUUGGAGACUGGUUCAGAGUCAUCUCUAAGAAAACUAAAGAGGAGGUCGGGGAGUUUCGUGCCCAUGCUGCUGAGUGGACGGCAAAUGUAUCAGCAGAGUUCAAAGAGACCCGCAGGCGGCUCAGCGUCGACAUCUACGACAGGUUCCAGCGGGCCGCGUCCAUCAAGCGCAAGCUGUCGUCCGAGCUGGGAAUUAAUGCCACCAUGAACCAGGAGAUGACCCCUGGGAAGAGGACGCUGUCAGCCAACCUGGGCGAGGACAAAGAGACGUACCCCUCCUUGACGCUUUCUCUAAGUCCCGUCCCGGGGGCUCUCACCAGGAACGGCAGCUUGUAUCUGAACGGCCUCAGUCCAGAUUACGCUGAUAGACAGGAAAUCGCCAUAAUCGAAAACCUCAAAUGAGUGUCAGUGCAAUGAAGGAGGAUUCAUUGCAUCGAGCAUCGCAGCUGUGAGACUGAAAACAAACCCAAGGCUUCGGUGAUCAUUGACUGACGCCAGACAUUGAUGAGGUACCUGAAUGAAGCGGAUUGUUUUCCCGUGAUUUAAACACCCAAGCACAGAUAAAUCAUCAAGCUGUUCGCUCUUAUCCAUGUUUAUCUCUUGCACAGAAAAAAAAAGAAAAACAGAUUGCAUUGAAUCUGUAGAAGAAGUCAGACUUUACCGAAGACGUGUUUGUACCUGAGCCAAAUGGAACGAGAUUGAAUUUAAAGAGCAAGUUCAAACACUGCUGAAGCUGGAAGGAGAUAAAAGUCCACCCUGAGGCUGCAGGCAGCACACUAGUCUUCUUUUUCACAGUAUUCCCUGGGAAACACAAAACGUAAGAAGCAAUAGAGGGAUUUGCAUUCACCUGGUGACUGCCACCCUAAAACGGUGAUCGGAUCAAUGAUCCCCAAUAGUUUAAAAACACCAAAUGAUCGGCCAUGGUUCUAUCCUGUGGUUCUUUACGGGCAGAAAUCCUGGAAGGAAUGUUCCUUUUCUCAUCGCUCCUCUUCUGUUUACUUUAUCUGCCUUGCAUUUGCCACUUAAUCAACCCUUUACUAAAGAGACGAAUGUUGACAUGUUUGCUUUCUCCAUGAACUGUUCAUCCUGGGGGAUAUUUCACUGGUGCCUUAUUGAAAACACUGGACAUAUGAGGGCAACAAAAGACUCAUGUCCGUCUUCUCAUGUGUUAAUUUUGAUCACAGUAGUAAUAAGGACAUUUUUGAAAUGCAUCGUGGACAGUUAAAUAAUUUUUUUUAAAUACUUCUAUGGAACGUUUAUAAAUGAAAGCAGAGAACAUAAUGUUUUAAAGGCGAAUGUGUUCUUGACACACUAAAUAGCUGCAUACUGUAAAGUGUUUCAGCCAUCAAUAUCCAACCUCCCCCGAGUCAAAGUACCAUCUGUUUAGGUCUUGGGUCUGAAUAGAGCAUCAGCACGGCUGUAUGAUUUAUUUGUAUUAAUCUUCUCUGAGAUUUUCCGAAUGAGUAAUCACACUUCAGCCAUAAAAAUUUAAUUUUGUUUUCCACAGAAAUGAAUGCAUACGUAGUGCCUUGCAAAAGAAUAUUUACACCUUGAACUUUGUCAUAUUAGAACAUACUUUUGAAACAAAAAAUGCUUUACAAAUAAAAAGACACAAAGCUGU